CGCAGGUUUAUGUUGUAAAACAGGAAACGGUGAGAGGCGUUAGCCUGUUGGCUACCAGCACCGCACACAGAAACGAAAUCAGAGCAAAACGUUUAUCUGAAGAAGGGAAUAAAGAGUAUCGUCUGCCCGGUUGAUUGGUUUCAUCGGUGGGACCGACAUGUCAGAGACGUACGAUUUCCUGUUUAAGUUCCUAGUGAUUGGCAGCGCGGGGACUGGGAAAUCAUGCCUCCUCCAUCAGUUCAUAGAGAACAAGUUCAAACAGGACUCCAACCACACCAUCGGCGUUGAGUUUGGAUCCAGGGUUGUCAAUGUUGGUGGCAAAACGGUCAAACUGCAGAUCUGGGACACGGCUGGGCAGGAGCGCUUUAGGUCGGUGACCCGCAGUUACUACCGUGGAGCAGCAGGGGCUCUUCUCGUUUAUGACAUCACAAGUCGGGAGACCUACAAUGCUCUGACUAACUGGCUGACAGAUGCUCGGACACUGGCCAGCCCCAACAUCGUCAUCAUCCUGUGCGGGAAUAAGAAGGAUCUGGAUGCGGACCGUGAGGUCACCUUCCUAGAGGCGUCUCGCUUUGCCCAGGAGAACGAGCUGAUGUUUUUGGAGACGAGUGCUUUAACCGGGGAGAACGUAGAGGAAGCCUUUCUCAAAUGUGCUCGUACCAUCCUCAGUAAGAUUGAGUCGGGUGAGUUGGAUCCGGAGCGGAUGGGUUCUGGGAUCCAGUACGGCGAUGCAUCCCUGCGGCAGCUCAGACAGCCCCGGGGCUCUGCUGCACAGGCCAGGCAGCAGUGUAACUGUUAGGGGCCCGGACACCCUGACCGCUACCUGACAUCAGACCAUACACACACACAACCUCCCCCCUCAGCUCCGGGUGUCUCUGGGUAUGAACGCCCCUUACCCCUCUCCCAAAUGUGACCCUUCCACACCCAGACACAUCUGGAUAAUUUCUUAUGAAGUCCAUCUGCAACCUUUGACCUCUGACCUCAGAAAGCUGUUCACCUAGGACAGAUCUCCCUGACUGCUUUGCGCUGGGCUGGGAGACCCCUAGCGAGGGGCACGGGCAGUAGAGGUGAUUCACAUCCCGACUGAGAGACUGUGCGUGUUUUUAACUUCUCCUGUGAUUCUUACACACACAGUUCUUUCUUUUAAAGUAACCAGCCAUCAUCUAGACUUCACUAGACUGGGAUAAACCAUUCAACGACAGCAGUAGAUGAAAAACUGCUUAAACUAGAUAUUGUUGAAGCAUUUUAUACAUUGUGACAUAUCAGAACUUUGUUGGUGUUAAACUGAACGUCCCCUUGAUUUUAUUUCAACAAAAUAUGACCAGAAAGCCAAAUUACAGCUCUUAAACCCCUUAUACACUCAGAUAUUUACCCUUUUGCAUUGGUCAUGCAUUUAAAGAGCUUCUGAAAGCACAAAGGAGCUGAAGGGGAGAAAGAAACAUCUGUUCAGAUCUUGUCAUUCGGUCGGCGCUAUCUGGCGCAUAUCAGAUGUUUUCCGCCAUCUCAGUCUGGCUUGGGUUAGAGGUUAUCCUUUAACUUAACCUCACCCGUCUUUCUGCACAGACCACCAACCUUCCUAUUGAAAUUAAGGACAACAAAUCUUGUCAGUUUUGUUCUUAUUUACAUUUCGCAUUUGUUUGGCCGACACGUAUAGAAAUAUAAAAUACAUUUGUUUAGAGAUUGGUGGUUUAAAAAUGUAUUUCACGAAAUGCCAAAAAAAAAAAUGUACGUACAAAAAUAAUAGAUUAAAUUGAAACUUUUGGAGUCUGAAUGGGUGAAUCUCCCAAAAACUCAAGAACAUGUUAAAGUUAUAUUUCACCCUGAAUUUAAAAUAAUUAAAUUAUAAAUAACAUGUUUCCUAAAGAAAAUAAAGGUUACUUUAGGACAAUUAAGAUUUUGGAAAUUUUGACUUUGACAAGCAUAUUUCCUCCCAAAUUUUCAUUACUAGAAUGUCAAAAAAAAUUAUAAAAUUAUGCUGAUUUUAAAAUAUUUUAUUAAUAGAUUAUAGUAGUAAUUUUCAGAUAAAAAAUGUCACAAUGCAUAAAAAAUUUCGUGAUUUUUUUUGGGGGGUGAAACUGCACCCAGACAUUUCUUUUUUUGAGAUUCAACCCUGAUGUUAUUGAGUUGAAGUCACGUAAAAAGUGAACACCACAAGUUAUAUUGUUAGAAUGGAAGAAUAUUUCCGUGCAGCAACCAGCUCAGACCCAUCAGACUGCAACAUGAUUCAUCGUACACUGUAGCUGUGGUGUUUAGUCGCACAUAUUUUGGGUUGAUUUGUUCUUUGUUUGCCCUGGUUACCCACGACAGGGAGAUCUAGAGAUGAUGAGUGGCGCAGUGCCCCGUUCCCUCAGUGACGUCAUCAUUAUGCACCACAGACAGACCUGUUUUGAUCUGUUUUAAAUACUGUCUAUGUGAUGUGUUUGUUUUUUUCCCUCUGCAAGUGCACUUUUUUUGACUGUUUAUAUACUGUACCUAUAGAAUUGUAAAAUCUAUAAUAAUUUAAUUAUAUUAAAUGAGAGAAUAUUGUUUUGAGGAUUGAUCAUUCCUUACUAAAGAACAACUGAGACUAGUCCGACACCGUUUCAGCGGUAAGGAGUCUUCUUGCCACCUUAGCUGUGGACAAGAACAUGCUGUUAGUCGUAAAUGUGGGGUGGGUGAUCGCCACAUCUCUUCUAGUUCAAGCACAGCCUUAACUAACUAACCACAUGAUUGUUCUACAUCAUUCAAGAGGCUGCCUCAUGCUCUCAUAAUCAUCUGAGCUCUUAAAAUGCACUUAUACUGUUACAUUUCCUUCCUCCUUUCUUUUUUUUUUUUUUGCUCCACUGUGAUCACUUUUACCAAAUGUUGUGUCUAACUUAUUUAAACUAUUUUUAUCCAACAAAAUUUAGACUCAAAGGAAUAUUCCAGGGUAAAUAGAUGUUGCAAUAUAAGCUGUGGUCACUAAACUUGGAGCAAGCAAAAUUUCUAUGGAUAUUGUAUCAUCCGUAAUAUGAUAUCACUCUGCACAAUCUGCAAAAAACGUAAUUCAAAAUAUAUCUACAAUGCAAAAAUAUGCAAUCUAUUCCACUUUUGCUACAAUGCAGAUUUAAAGUAGUUUGUUCUUUCUUUUAAUUCAGCUAAGAGGUCACAAUCAAACUUGAACUCUGAACGCCGCGAAAUUCACAUGAGCUUACGUUUUCUGUCUCCCGCAUUGGCAUGCUUAAGUUGUGUUUAAUAGUUUAAAAGUCAGUUUAAUAGGAAUCCACGAAAUCGUUAAUUUCAUGAGAGCGAAAUAUUUCUCCAGGCAGAUUUCGCAACUGGUUCCAAUUGGUUAUGUGGAUUUGCCACAUUGACAAGCCGAAAGCUGAUUGGUUAAAAAGUGUUUUCUGUAUAAGCUGUGCUUUCUACUUGCUAAUGUGACCACAUCUUCUUUAAUGGAAGUCAAUGGUACGAAAAGUGUAGUUUGACCACCCCCCCACAGUAUUUUUUUUUUUUCUAUUUUAUGUUUUAAAGUGCACAUUUACCUUAAUUUCAAUAGGAAUUUGUGCGAUUGGGAGUUUUUAGCAAGGGCGAAAAGUUUCCCCAAGCAGAUUUUGCUCAUGUUCAAAUUAGUCACAUGAAAUUGCCAUGAUGACCAACAGAGGACUGCUUGGUUUGAAAGUGACUUUUGUGUGACUUUUGCAUGAUGGCUACACUAUUGACAAUGGAAAAUUGACAGUUGUUUGCUCACAAAAUUUUGCGGGCCAAAAACUGUCCAUUUUCGACUUCCUGAAUGUGACCGCACCUUUACAGUGUAAGUCUGUGGGGCAAGUGUUGGUUUUUUCUACAUUAUUUGUUAUGAUUAAUUAACAGCAUGUCACUGAUGUUGCCCAUUGAGCUCAACGUCUUUGACCUGGAAUAUUCCUUUUGGUACCGAUAUUAGUGGGUUUGAAACUGUUCCCUUAAAUUUGCAGGGCGAUGCUUUGCUUUGUAUGGUCCCAUUAAAAAAUGUUACAUGGUGUUAAGAAGGGCGAUCACAAUUAUCAUUGCUUGGCAAAAUUUUACUGAGCGAAAUCCAGCCUUUUCAAUAGGAAUCUGCGUGAUAGUGAGUUUUGUGUAAGGGCAAAAAAGUUCCCACACAGGUUUUGCGGUAACACUUUACAAUAAGGUUCCAUUAGUUACUGUAUUAACUAACAUGAAAAAACAAU